AUGGGUCAAGCAAGCAAAGUCUUUGGUAAACAAAUUACAUACUCAGUUUCACCAUUCCAACAAAAACUUUUUGUAAACUAUUUCAAAAAUGCCAUCCCACAUUUAAGACGUGGUGUUAAAGAUAACUUCUUCUGUUCAGUUCCAUAUUUCGCUGCUUUAUAUAUCACUGUUAACUGGGCUAAUGAAACCUACCACAACGAAAUGAAAGACCACUGGUAUUAA